AUUUUACAAAUAACCUUCAUGUCCUUCAUGUUUUUCUAAUAUACAAUCUGGAAGAUUUUGGGUGCACCAUUUCAGUUCUUUAUGGAUGCAGGAAGCAACUAUAGCUGAUCUUUGUGUCAGCAUUACGCCAGUUGAGGAUUACCAGCUUCCUCCUGAAGCUUACAAAGAGAUACCGGAAGGGAAGCUCUCGUCAACUGAGUCUGCAGUGAGGAAGGCAGAGGAUGUGGUGAGCAGCAUGCUGGCCAAGGGUUUUGUCCUGAGCAAGGAUGCCCUCAAGAGAGCCAGGUCCUUUGACGAACGACACCAUUUUAUGUCCGGCGCCUCAGCUAUGGCUUUAGUCCCUUGGAGGAUCUCACUGGAAUUAUUGGGCAAUCAUCAUUCUCUUCUACCUCUACAAGUCAAGCCCCAGAGCUGUACACGCGUGAAGACCUUCUAGGUAUUUUUGAGCACUAAAAGAAAAAAUGGCAAGAGGAGGUUUUUCAAAAGAUGAGAGAAGAGAUUGGCUUUGGACCAAGGCAUGCAGAUC